AUGAGAAUCGAAAACAUGAAAAGAGAAAUAAAAACAAGAGAGGAAUUACAAAACCUGAUCUGAUACAAAGGCAACGCUUGCUAAAAGAGUACCAAAUGACAAAGUACCUUCCGCAGGAGAGGAAGAAAGAACUGGCAAGAGAAUUAAAUCUGUCGCAAGUUACCGUCAAAGUAAGUUCUCAACCUUAACAUAUCUCAAUGCAUUUAAAUCUAGAAGAAUAACCGACAAAAAGUAAAGAAACUUAUACUCUGCAUGCAUGGAUCUAUGAUUUAUUUCCGAAGUGGCUAUAGGUGCGGCAAUUUCCGAGGGAUAUUAAAGGAUAUUUUUAGGAUAUUAUUAUAGGGUUUAAUUAUUUUAGGGUUACGGUUAUAUUUGUAGAUCAAAUCAGCCGGACCUAUAUAGCAACGGCCAUUUAAUUUCCCAGCGGUUAAAUAUAUCAUCUUUUGUAUUUUCUCUUUACAGAAUUGGUUUCAAAAUCGGCGAAGGAGAGAAGCACUUCUUAAAAGAAAUAAAACGGUCAAUAAAAUGCGGCGAAUGAGCAUACGCAAGAACGAUGAUGGUGUACCUUGCCUCGUUCCGAGAAAUGUUGACAUUAAAAUAUCUGAAGUACUGAAAUCGGAAACUAGACAGCUGAACUAUCAAAACAAUUUGUCCGGUUUUGUUGUCACUCAAGAUGAAAAUG